AUGCUCGUCCAAGAAUCAUUUCACGAGGUCCCCACCACGGCCGAUGGACAGGGGUCCAUGGGGAUCUACGUCUUUCACCCCACAAUUCCAGGAUAUCCUAAAGCACGGUUCCCAGGAGUGGUUGUCUUCAGCGAGAUUUAUCAAGUAACGGGACCUGUGGCGCGCUUUGCUCGCCAAAUUGCUGGUCAAGGCUACAUCUGUGCGGCGCCAUCGAGUUACCACGAAUUCACGGGCCCCGAGCCCUUGCAGUAUAAUGCAGAGGACACGGACAAGGGCAACGCGUGGAAGAUCAGCAAGAAAUUGGCUGCCUAUGACGAAGACGCUAGUCUGACUGUGGACUACCUCCUCUCGCUGCCCACUUGCAAUGGCCGGGUCGGUGCCACUGGCAUGUGUCUGGGUGGGCAUCUUGCGUACCGCUGUGCACUCGAUAGUCGGAUCAAAGCGGCUGUGUGUUACUUUGCGACGGAUAUCCACAGCAAGACCCUCGCUGCGGGCAAGAAUGAUGACAGCCUUGAGAGAACUGGGGAUAUCAAGGGCGAGCUUCUGAUGAUCUUCGGCAAGAAUGACACCCAUGUCCCUCCCGAGGGCCGUGAUUUGAUUCGAAAGACGCUUCAUGAGAAGGGAGUCUUGUUCAGUUUCUAUGAAGUUGCCUGGGCUCAGCAUGCUUUUAUUCGGGAUGAGCUCAGCAAGGGUCGAUACGACCCCGCCAUUACGAAAUCCUGUUUCGAGAUGCUUUUGGAGCUAUUUGGGCGUACGUUGAAACUGGAUCUUGGAGAGCAUGAUGGCAAAGAGCUAGUAGUUGAGGAUGUGUGUUAA